GCCGUGAGACGUCACUGUCACACUGUCAAAUAAAAUUAAAAACCGAGCAAGCGAUCUCGUGAUUAAAUUAAAUUUUCAAAAUCAAAUAGUCUGUUUAUGUACAUAACAAUUAUUUCCUGUUGUCGGACAUCAAAAUACUAUUUAUCGCCUUCAUGCCUUGCAACUGAAAACCUUCGAAACUUUUUUAAGAUUGAGAAAAAUAAAAAAAGGAAUAGGAAACUGUUUUGGAAGACGAAAAAUCAGUUUUAACGCAAUAAAUACAUUUCUUGUGGUCUUUAAUUAGAUAUAUCAACAGAAAUCGAUUUAAAAUGGAAGACCAAAGCUGACGCUUACCUAUACCUGAGUAAUAACACAAUAAUACCUAAUACUUAAAAAUGGCUAUACUACACAGAGCUCUCUUUACAUGGUUUAUUUUCUUGGUUUUUUUGAUACUCUUAUGCCUGAGAUUGGAAUCACGGACUCAUUGGAAUUGGUUUAUUGUGUUUAUUCCCAUGUGGGUUUAUGAUAGUAUUUUAUUGAUAUAUGUACUGUUUCAUAUGGUGUCACACUGUCGGAAUGGGAUUGAAAGAUUCAGAGGUACUAUAAACAAAAACGUUUGGUACAUAGCUGCUAUUGGACUCAAAAUGGCAGCACAAAUCAUAAUUUGUAUAAAACUUGAAUAUACUAAGUUUAAUUUGCCAAUAUAUGUGGUGAUGACACCAAUUUGGAUGUUACUGCCAGUGCUAUGUGUUGAAGUGUUUAUGCAUCUAAUAAAACAUUCCAGCAGAAGCAGUCGAUACUAAAUUUAUACUGAUUACAAAUCUUUAAUUAAAAUAAAUUUUUAA